UUCCUAAUAAAAGUUGAACAACAUCACCGGAUCUACAUUACAGGUUAACAUCAACAUCAGCCGAUGUCAUAUAGACAUGGACGUUAAUAUGGAAGAAAUAUGCAAGGCUUUCGUCGUGGGAGGAGGUUUGCUUCUGACUCCUGCUACUCUGGCUGCUCUGGCUGCGCUGGGUUUCACCUCCACCGGGAUAUUAGCCGGGUCUGCUGCUGCCAAAAUGAUGGCGGCUUCUGCUAUCGCUAAUGGAGGAGGGGUUGCAGCUGGUGGUCUGGUAGCAACCUUGCAGUCAAUUGGUAUGGCCGGUUUCUCAUGGUUAGGAAUUGGGACGUUGACAGGUGCUGGAGGUUCAAUGGGAUGGAUGCUAUCAGCUAUUUGUAACCAGACUGCAACUCCGUAAUUCAUGAUCAGCAGCAUUGAUAUCCACCCCUAUUAUAUCUUCUUCCGACUAACUACAGUUACUGUUUUUAUCCUUUGACAAAUUAUUUCAUGAUUACUACACACUCAGUAUAAUGUGUGAUAUAGGGAUUCAAAUAUGAAUACAUGACACAUCUAAAAUCACUGAUAUUACAAUUUUUUCUAUCAUGUUAUCUUAAUAAAAUGACUUGUGCAGGUGUCAAUGCAUUGUUCUUAAGACAAAAACGUAUGUAUAUAUGUAUAUUUAUAUAUAUGUGUGUGUGUGUAUGAAGCAAAAAUAAAAUGCAUGCAACAUGAAUAA